CUCCCUCCCUCUCACUGAGUCAGACAGCAGGGUUGUGUGUCUGAAGCAAAGGCUCCAUGGACGGGAGAUAUCGUCUCUACCAGCGAUACAUUGCCUGAGAGAGACAGAAGAAAAAAGGAUUCCCUUCUUUCUCUCCCUCGUUGAGGAACAGAGGAUGAAUGGAGAAGCGAUGGACAUGUCCCUGGAGUCAUCAUCCCCGGUGGUGGAGCAAGGCACCGUCGGGGGGGUGUCAGCGGCACCAGAACCGGCAUCCACAGCAGCAGCCGGUAACGGCUCCCUGCCUCCUCCACCCACCAUGGCCCCGGCCAUCCCGCCCUACGUCAAGCUUGGCCUCACCGUGGCCUACACUGUCUUCUACUCCCUCCUCUUUGCCUUCAUCUAUGCCCAGCUGUGGCUGGUGCUCCGAUACCGCCACAAGCGCUUCAGCUACCAGACGGCAUUCCUCUUCCUGUGUCUGCUGUGGGCCGCGCUGCGCGCCCUCCUCUUCUCCUUCUACUUCCGCGACUGCGUCACGGCCAACGCGCUGGGUCCCUUCACCUUCUGGCUGCUCUACUGCUUCCCCGUCUGCCUUCAGUUCUUCACGCUAAGCCUCAUGAACCUCUACUGCGCCCAGGUUUACUUCAAGGCAAAGUCCAAGUAUACCCCAGAGCUCCUUAAAUACAAGCUCCCCCUCUAUCUGGUCUUCUUGGCGGUCAGUUUUCUCUUCCUGGUGGUCAACCUGGCCUGUGCCCUGCUGGUUAAGAUGACCGCCACCGAGGUCAAGACCAUUGUCCUGGUCAGAGUCACCAUCAACGAUACGCUCUUCGUGCUCUGUGCCAUCUCGCUGUCCGUCUGCCUUUACAAGGUGGCUAAGAUGUCCCUGGCCAGCAUAUACCUCGAGUCCAAGGGAACGUCGGUGUGUCAGGUGACAUUGAUUGGCGUCCUGGUGGUUCUGCUGUACGCAUCACGGGCCUGCUACAACCUGGUGGUGCUGGCUCUGACCGACAUUGAGACCAUCAACUCAUUCGACUACGACUGGUACAACGUGUCUGACCAGGCUGACUUGAGGUCCACUCUGGGGGACGCUGGUUACAUCGUGUUCGGGGUGAUCCUCUUUGUCUGGGAACUGCUGCCAACCUCCCUGGUGGUUUUCUUCUUCAGGGUCCGCAGGCUGCCACAGGACAGGAGUGGAUCAGGGAUCCCAAACCACGUGCUCUCUUCCAGAGGUUACUUCUUUGACAACCCCCGUCGGUACGAUAGCGACGAUGACCUGGCGUGGAGCAUCCCUCCUCAGAACAACUCAGCAAGGUGGCGACACACAUCUCUGCCUGCCUGGCAUAUUUUGGAUGUCAUUUUGGAUGUUAGCCCACCCUCUCAAGCUCGACAAGACAGAGCUGCGCAUCCUCCCGGGGAAGGCCUGACCGCUCCAAGACUACUCAAUCACGGUCGACAAUGGCACCCCAAUGGUGGAACCAGCUUCCCCCGGAUGCUAGGAGAGCAGAAUCCCUGCCCAUCUUCCAUCUGAAACCAUACCUCUUCAAACUGUAUCAGAAAUAAGACAUCUCAGUCUUACCACCCCCCACUUGUAUUUUCCUACUAGCACCGACUUUGCUGUGAAAGUCUAAGGAAAUGUACUUACUACGACUGUGAUGUGGUUGUCUCAACUAUCUAUCUUAAAGAUGAAUGCAAUAACUGUAAGUUGCUCUGGACAAGAGUGUCCACUAAAUUACUAAAAUGUUUGAAAAAUGUCAUGUGGAAAUAAAAUAAAUUUAAUAUAUAGGCUUGGGCGGUAUACCAUAUACCGACGUACUUGGAAAAAUCCACGGGAUGGUUUUUCAAUGCCUUUCAAAAAAAAAAAUCUUUAUACAUUUGAAUAUUUGUAGCUACUUUAAGUAAAUACCUGCAGUCAACUUGUGCAAUACGUUAGGAGACAUUGUGUUCUUCAUUUCACCUUAUUAUUUAGCUUACAGUAGUCCCCAGUCACGUGGUGUUUGUUUACAAGCACACAACGAGAGCCUUGAGUCCCUCACUGUCAUGCAGCAUGCGCCUGGUGAUCUAAUUACAGUAUGGAAUUCACAACUAAAUGUUUGCCAGCUAGAUAUCUUAUAAUUAUUAAGUUAACUGUGCUAAAUGCUCUGCAAUUCUGCAUUUGGUUUGCUAAUUUAGUAGCUAGUUCGCGCUCUAGCAAAGUGGUUAGCUUCUUCCAAAAUCAAGCAUUUGCAUGGUAACAGCAGAGAAUACCCUCCUGGAUCAAGGGACUUGAUGGCUAAUAUUAGUUUUGUGCGUGCAAACAGGUGCGCAACUGUCACUGUUUUAUCAUUGCAAUGUUAUACAAAAAGCGGCGACAGUGUGCCGACGCCUCCCAGCUGUCAGGUAGGCUGUUUGAAGUGUUCAGCCGGCUAGAUUUAGGACCCAGCGGACACCAAGAGUUCUUUCACUGAGUUUUAAAAGCAAGCAGAGCAGAAAUUGGCUACUCUUUAGUUGACUGAUGUAGCUGGCAAGGUAACUGCUGUUGAAUUUAACAGAAAAAAAACUAGUGUUUAUUCGCAGUAGUGAGCUAGUGUUGUAAUUGACAUGUACAGUAACGUUAGCUAAUAUUUCAUUCCCUCUCGACUGAGGUGAAUGAAUAAGCUACGCUAGCUAGUAGUACCUACCACAGCCAGGUCCGCUCUAGCCUCUAGUUAUCCGUCAGAUAGUAAUAAUGGCUACCUCAUAUCACUAUCUAACAGCUGUUGUUUGUAUGGAAAGGUUUUGUAACCUUUGUUUUGUCCCGUUUCAGAAGUAAAUUAACUUGGCUAGCUUUCACCAGAUAAUGUACCGUUAGAGAGAGAACUGGCAAAAAGUUGGCUAACAUUAGCUAUUCUUCUUCUCAAUCACACUAGACCUGAAUUAAACAAUGAAACCACCGGCCAAAUGAUUGAAGAUUGAUAUUCUGACAUUUUUUCAGUGCAUUGUGAGUUUUUUUUAGUCAAUAUGGCAUAGUAAACUUUAUUGAUCUGUCAGUUUCCCUAGCUAACUCCCUACUUUUCACACUGACACAGUAAUAAACAGCUCUAACGUUA